GAUAGAAAGUGUUUAAAAAAGAAAGAAAGAAAGAGAAUAAAACGACGUGAAAAACUUUUUUCCCCCAGCGCUUUGUUGGGGUCAGUAACCUGUGAGGGAACAGGCAUAACUGGGGAAAAAGUGCUAUACUGUUAUUUAUCGACCGAACAACGUUCAAAUAUUUUUGGGCAUUUAUUUUUCACCAAAGUGGACCAAAUGCAACAUCUCUGUUCACUUCUUAAGGACUACCAGAAACUACCAGUACCUCUGCUUUCAAAGGAGACAGAGGAGUUGGUGCCAUAAGAAAUCAAGGGAUUGAAGAAGGAAGACAGGACAAGGAGACCAUCUUCUAUAGUUGCCUUCUCCCUCCUAUUCUACACAGAUGAAUGCUGAAAAAGUCGUAAAAGAGGGGAAGAUGGGGAACCGGGGGAUCUCGCUCACCUGUGUAGUAACCCCUUGCCGGCUGAUGUGGGUGUGUGUGGUGCUGAUGACUUUGGGAGCCAUUGGCGCAGCAGUCUGGGCCAUAGUUACGUAUUGCUCUGUGGAGGAAGACGCAGGAUACUACGAUGUCCAAGUAAAUUCUGCUGACCAACAUCUCAGAGUCUUCGACUCCACUCAGAAGAGGUGGCGUCAGGUCUGUUCCUCCUCAGCCAAUGAGCUGCUGGCUAUUGUCAGCUGCGAGGAAGUUGGCUUUGUCAGCGUGGUGAAUUACUCCAUCACGUCUGUGCAAGACGUCGGCGGUGACGGUGGAGACUUCUUCUGUGUCAGCACUGAAAAGCUGACCUACGGCAAGAAAAUCAAAGACUCUUUGUUCCCAUGCGACUGUGAGAGCAAGGAGGUUCUCACAUUGUUGUGCCAAGACUGCGGCAGGCGCAAUUUUGCAGAAGACCGUAUAGUUGGUGGCGUGGAUGCGAGGCAGGGCAUCUGGCCAUGGCAGGUCAGCCUGCAGUAUGAUGGAGUUCAUCAGUGUGGAGGUUCCAUCAUUUCAGACCGCUGGGUUGUCUCUGCAGCUCACUGCUUCCCCAAGCGUAAUGGCUUUGUUAGUCACUGGCGUGUGUUGAUGGGCUCCAUCUACAACAAACCAGCCAAUGCCAAUGUGGCGGAAGUGAAAACUAUCGUUUACCACAGCAGCUACCUGCCCUUUGUGGACGACAACGUUGACGACAACAGCAGGGACAUUGCUGUACUGGCCCUCGCCAAGCCCAUCAUCUUCACUGAAUACAUCCAACCCAUUUGCCUGCCAGCGUACGGCCAGAGACUGAUAGACGGGCAGAUGGGCACAGUGAUAGGCUGGGGGAGCUUAGGAUACUCUGGUCAUCAAACAUAUGUUCUACAAGAAGCGAACGUCCCCAUCAUCAGUGAUGCGAUGUGUAAUGCGCCCGAUUACUAUGACAACCAGAUCACUGCCAGUAUGUUCUGCGCUGGCUUUGAGAAGGGAGGUGUGGAUGCCUGCCAGGGAGACAGCGGCGGCCCCUUUAUGGCAGAGGACCGCUUGUCCAAAACCAGCCGAUACCGUUUGCUGGGGGUGGUGAGCUGGGGAAAAGAAUGUGCCACGCCCAAGAGGCCUGGUGUGUACACCAGGGUGUCCCGAUUUCUGCCCUGGUUGUCGACUGCCAUGAGGAACUAUAACAACUCACCAGGGAUUCACAAAAUGGCACGGACAUGACUUUUGCACCCGUGUUUCUCCACCUGUUUCCCUCACUAAAGAG